AUGGCCUCUGGCAACGGCCUUCAAGGCCGACCCAAGGCUCAGCCAGACCGUCGCCCCCGCGAGCGCACACCAUGGCUCCUCCUCCUCCCUGUCGUUCUCCUCUUUCCUUACCUCUUCUCCAAGCUCCAUUACACUCUUCCCGUGCCCCAGCCUCCACUUGACGCCGAGGGACGUCCGCAGCCGAGCGAGGAAAUCGUACUCGCCCAUAUCCAGGCUCUGGAGGAUAUCGGAUACCGCACUGUCGGGACUGACGAGGCCGUCAACGGAGAGGAGUAUGUGAUCGCCGAGGUGCGCAAGAUUGAGGAGCGGUGCAAGGCCAACGGUGUGCUCGAUUGCGAUGUCUGGGUCCAGAGGGGUAGCGGGUAUCAUGAGUUCUCGAUUAUGGGUCACGACGUGCUCAAGGUUUAUGCUGGUAUUCGGAACGUUGUGCUUCAGAUUCGCGCCAAGAACCCCAUCACGCCCCGUACAGUCAAGAAGGAUGCGAUCCUCGUCGGAUCGCACAUUGAUUCGACUCUCCCUUCCCCGGGUGCUGCCGACGACGGUAUGGGCGUCGGCGUCAUGCUCGACGUCGCGCGUAUCCUGGUUGACCGCAACGAGCCUUUUGACAACUCUGUCAUCUUCAUGUGGAACGGUGCCGAAGAGACGCUCCAGGACGGCUCGCACCUGUACUCUACGCAGCACCCUACUGCUGCUGAUGUCCGUGCCAUGUUCAACCUCGAAGCAGCAGGCACCACCGGCGGCGCCCUCCUGUUCCAGGCGACGAGCCAGGAAAUGAUCGACGCGUUCUCGCGCACGCCGUACCCGCGCGGCACGGUUAUAGCCGCCGACGUCUUCUCUAGCGGCAUCAUCCUCUCCGACACCGACUUUGGCCAGUUUGAGGAGUACCUCAACGUUUCGGGCCUCGACAUGGCUGUCGUCGGUCACAGUUAUUUCUACCACACGCGCAAGGACAGCGUACCGUUCAUCGAGAUCGGCACAAGCCAGCACUUUACCUCUAACGCGAUGGCGAUCAUCGACUAUCUCCUCUCGCCCGGCUCGCCUCUCGGUACUGCGGACGAGUGGUCACCGCCCGACGUCGUGUACAUGUCGCUGUACGAUCGCAUUUUCGUCUCGUGGACGAUGGAGAACGCCGACAAGGCGUACCUCGUCAUCACGGCGAUCAUCGCAGCGCUCACUCUUCCAAACCUCAGCCGAGAGCGCGGGCCCGCGUUCGCCAUCGCCCUCAUCGGCGCGCCCCUCGGUCUCGUCGGUGGCCUCCUCACCGCCAACAUCGUCGCGUUCAUCAUGGCCUCCUCCGACAAGGCGAUGGGCUGGUUCUCGCAUGAAGGUCUUCCGGUUGCGCUGUAUGGUCCUGCCGCCCUCCUGGGGCAUCUCGCCACGCAGCACGCCCUUGCUGCGCUGAUCUCACCCGCACGUCGUAUCUCCCUCGAGCCCGCGCACUACUACUCGCAGCUUGUCUGGCUCGCCGUGUGGAUGCUCUUCCUCCAGGCGUUCCGCAUCCGCUCAGCGUACCUCUUUGCAGGCAUCGCGUGCUCCACCCUCGUCGGUGCCUUCUCCAUCGAGGCGCGCCAGCUCCUGUCUGGCAGCCGCGAUCGUGCACUUCCGUUUGUCACAGCUUACGUCGUUCCUCUCACUCUUCUUGUCGCUCUCUCCAUGGAGGCGUACACUACUACCCUUGACAUCUUCGUCCCCCUCACCGGCCGAAUGGGCAAGGACGCGCCGGUUGAGCACAUCAUCGCGAUCAUCACGUCGGUGUGCACGCUCGUGUUCUUCCCGCUCGUCGCGCCCCUCUUCUCGCGUAUCUCGCGCGCCACGCAGCGCAAGGUGCUUGCCGUGCUGCUGGUCGCGACGGUCGCCGUCGGUGCGCUCUUCAUGUCGCCCCUCUGGUCGCCGUACGACUUCAUGCACCCGAAGCGCCUGGGCGUGCAGUACACCUACAACCACACGUCUGGGUUGGAGACGGCCCACAUUGCGUUCAUGGACUCUGGCCGCAACGCCGCAUACAUGAAGGAGGUGUAUGACCAGUUCGGCAAUGGCGCAGAGCUCGUCCGCACCGAGCAGGGGAACGGCAACUCUGACUGGGACGUGUUAUACCCUGUCAGCACGUUCCUCGAAACGUACUCGUUUGAGCUGCCCAAGACCAAGUUUGACUGGCCCGAGAUGACGUUCAAGGCGACGCGCGAGAAGACGGACGAGGGCCACACGCGCAUCCACCUCAAGACGGACCACAAGGGACUCGUGUGGCCCGCGCUGGCGUUUGAGGCCGACCUCGUGGACUGGAGCUUUGACUUUGUGCCCCCGCAUGGCCACAAGAGGCACCACAUCAAGGCCGCGUCGUCGGUCGACGAGCACGGCAUGGAACUCGAGCUCACCAUGCGCCUCAAGGAUGACGAGCCGUUCAGGCUCCACUGGAGCGCGAUGGACCUCAACCAGAUGGUACCUGGCACUGCGCCGCGCCUCGGGCCUGACAUGCCUGCGUCCAAGUGGCUCACUGCGCUGGACGACUGGGGCCGCGAGCACUACGACGGCGGCGUCGACAUCUGCAUGAACGGCGUCGUCGUGGGUGUGCUCACUGUCGAGGCAUAG